AUGUCGGGACGCAGGCUCCGAGAGCGUUGUACGAUUCUCCGACGCUUCCUUGUGAUCGUGGCGUGGUCGUGCGCGUCGGAAACCUCAGCGGAUGUGGAGCGACGGUUCCCUCCGCUACUACAUCCCUUUAACGACGUGGAAGCGCAACAGGUGGGACGAGAUCCACAAGUUUCUGCAUACCCUCGAAACUUCGAAGUUGUUGGUGUGUCGUCAAAGCGCAAGGGGGUGCAAGAAGGAGUUACAGGAGACCCCGCAGUGACAAUGGAUGAAGAUAAACCCAAAGGCAACCUCGCCAUACGUCUUUUCCUUACUCUUCGAGGCUCUGCACAUAGAGGUUCUUCUAACCAGGAUGCUCCCUUGCUUGGAUACAAGUCCCUGCAAAGUCAUCCCAGGCAAGCGACGCACAGAGCAACUAAUGGUGCGAAGUUGAGCUCGCUUUUCGCAAAUUCUCAUACGAUCUUUUCGGAGACAUCGAGACAUAUGUCAUACAAUGUGGCACAUCGUGAUUCAGCUGACAGAUCAUCGAAUAUUGGUGUUGAGAGAAAUGCAUUAAAGUCACUGGAAAAGAACUCGAAGGACGCAAAGAUUUCAAACCCGAAGACACGCGCAAACGCUUUAGGAUAUGUGGAUACGUUGAGUCAAACGGCUAACUCAUUGCUUCACAGGACUGAUCACCACGUGAGACAAAGAUGGGAGCGAAAAGUGCACUGCUGCGACAAUGUUUCACUUCCACUGUCUUCGAUGGGGCCCUUGAGAAGUGUCGUCAGGAAUUACGUCACACCACGACCUCCCGCUCUAACACGCGUUAAACGUCAAAGCAGAAACUGUCACGUGUCACCCGGGGGAUGUCUCUAUGGUAAUCAAGAUUCAUUCAUGGAUACAUCGAAUAAGAAAUGCAGGACUGUCGACGUGGUUACGAUGUUUGAGGGCCAACGUCAACAAGAUAAGAAAGAUGACGAGCUGAAGAGGUCAUCUACACAAGAUAUUCGAGCUUCUUUCCCUCGAAACUCGCUGCAGUCACCGCAGCCUCUUGUUUCUGCAGAAGUCGCUUCGAAAGAUUAUGGGCACUAUAAUGUUUCUUACGCUUCAACAACUGUGAAGCAAAAGAACAGAAACAUAGCCUCAGACCGUGCAACGCUCAAUUUAUUCCUUCGGGCAGCUCGUGACUUAAAAGGCUGGAAUAAUCAGAUUUUGAGAAAUGGCCGAAACGAAAAACGUCCACAACCCGAAGAAAAAGGGACAAGAAAGCGGGGGGCUUUAUGGAAUGAAGCCUCAGACCUUCUUCGGGAUGUGCCAGUGUCAAGGGGGCGACGUGAGAGACGAGACGACGUCCCAGGGAAGUCAUCGUCGACGGGGACGGAGCCGCCGUUGCCCUUACCCUUUACAGAGUCAGCGCGCGUGGAAGGUUGUCGCUGCAAACUAGCGACCAACUUUGGUGCGAACCUUAACGGUUCUGUGAACUGUCGCUGCGUCGGAGACUCGGUGGACAGGAUUCCAGCAGACUUGGGUCCUAACGUCACAAAGCUGACACUGGAAUGGGCGCCGAUUCAAGUCGUCCGCCGUGGUGCUCUUGCGGCCUAUCAACAGUCCCUGGAAGCGCUUCACCUGUACGCCGUCAUGCUGCUACAACAGUUGGAACCAGGAUGUUUCGACAAUCUCACUCUUCUGCGUGAAAUAUCAAUCCAGAAGGCACCCUGCCUGGCAUACAUAGCCGCGGGGGUCCUCAGCGGGCUCCCCAAUCUUCGUGUGCUACGAAUCACCCACUCCAGUCUGGAGAGCGUUCCUAGCAUGCACCAGUUGAAGUCUCAUAAUUACGUCAGCAUGCUGGAUUUUGACAGCAACAGAAUCAACGUGCUGGAAACCGGAUGCAUGGCGGUGAAAGCUGGUACGGUUAUCCUGAAUCACAACGCUAUACGGGUAAUUCGUGCGUACGCUUUCAACGGCUCAGCGAUAGCUGAAUUGCAGCUGCGCGGAAAUCGUCGUCUGACGAACAUAGAGGAGGAAGCUUUCGUCGGUCUUUCGAAUCUCAUCAGGCUGGACCUAUCUGAAACACGACUGAAAGAGCUCCCUACCCUCGGUUUGGAAGGCAUCGAGGUCCUCGAACUCCGUGAUGUCCCAACUCUAGAACGUUUCCCAUCCGUGUACCACUUCCGUUUCAUCCGGGAGGCUCAUCUCACCUACCCGUACCACUGCUGCGCCUUCCAGUUCCCCGAGGCUCACAAUCCUGAGGAGCAUCAACGCUUCCAGCAGAGCUGCCAGAAGCAAGGCUCAUCAACGGAGAAUGAAGCGCACAACUAUGCCACGCACAAGUUGGUGUACAGGAAGACGAGAGCUUUGGACAAGGUCAGUCAAGGCCUUGCUUCCAUUGGUCGCACUGUGCUGGAAGGAAUGGGGUACAUCUUCCGAAGAAGAAGCCGCGACGUAGGCCAGGCUGAACACGGGUUUGGUGGCGUGCAACAAGGCCCCGCGAUGUGCCUUUGCCUCAGGCCCCGCACAUCCCUAGCACCGGCCCUGUGUGGGAGCUAUUUGAGUCUCAACCUGACGGCUUUGCAGCUGCUGGUGUCGAUGGCAAUGGCGCUGAUGUGGACGAUGCAGACCGUCACGAUCUACAACAUGGCGGCAAAUACGCCAACGACAGUAGCGAGUCGCCUUACAGGAAAAAAAUUCCCUGGCGAUUUAGCGGUAAAUGCGAGAGAAAUUUCUUAG